GCAAGACUGACAGUUCGACAGUUGAUUUCGCGAGGAAUCGGUCGACACAUGGUGAAUUUUCGCGUCGGUACACGUGGAAUCGCAAACGAACCUGUUGCUUGCAGUUUUCACGGUCAGUCUGAACGAAUGUGCGAGUGCAGUGACUCCAGUGUAUGAAUUAAAAUAUGUCCGACUCACAAGAAUUUGAUAAUAAAAUGCACGUGAACGCUUCUAGUACUUCCGCGACCCCGAGAACUCCGCCGAAUUGCGCUCGAUGUAGGAAUCACAGAAAAAAAGUCGCUCUUAAAGGACACAAAAGAUACUGUAUGUACCGUAAUUGUAUUUGCGAAAAAUGUAGAUUAACAUCGGAAAGACAGCGGGUUAUGGCGAUGCAAACUGCGCUGAGACGCGCUCAAGCUCAGGACGAAGCCAUGCUAAGAACCGGAAACGCAAAUCAGGAGGAUUUCGCUCUGGAUCAGCACAGCCCUCCGUUAGUUACCUCUUUGAAAAAACGCGUUGAUUGUGAUUCUUCCGGUUCUUCGCAAUGCUCCGAACAACCGCUUCCUACCAAAUUAAUGAAAUUGACGCCGGUUCCUUUAGCUGAACAAAGUCCGCCACUCAUUACCUCCAUUAAACGUAGGAUGGAUUGUGAUUAUACCAAUUCGCAUUGUGUCGAACAACCUCAACCGUCUUCUAAAGUUGUUAAAUUAACUUCGACCAGUGAAAUGCCCUCUACUAAUUCCGCCAACAUGAGUUCCAUGAACGAAUGUCAUUCUUACUCAGAACUUAAAGCACACCAGAGCUCAGAUCUACUAGAAGACUGCCAAAAAUUGUUAGAAAGGUUCAAAUAUCCCUGGGAGAUGAUGCCACUGAUGUAUGCAAUACUCAAAGACGCUAGAGCGGAUCUGGAAGAAGCUUCCAGGAGGAUAGACGAAGGUCAGACUGCAGAAACUCUCCUCAACCUGUGUCAACGGGUGAAGGAUUCUUUUCAAGUGUCCUGGAAGAUGAUUUCAUUGGUGGGUGUUAUUUUGAAGUAUUCCAAACAAAAAGAAGAAGACGCUUUUAUUAGGAUAGAAGAAGCUUUCCGGGAAGUCCAAACUAUAUUAGCAGCUAGAGCAUUGCCUAGUAUCUCGCUACAAUGCAGCUAUCAAACCAUUCCAUAUCCUAACUUGUAUCCAUCAGCGCUGUAUCAGCCCUGGUUCUUACCUCCGAUCUGUCAUUAUCCCUCGUCGACGCUGCUCACUACGGCACCAACAGUUUGCUCUUCACCAACAUCUCCAAUCACACCAACCUCGCCGUUAGCCAAUUCUACGCCAAAUAGGCCAAGAUCUAGCCCAAUUAGACCAGGAAGUCGUGCGUGAUGAGGAUAUGAAUUCCAAUGUACCUAAAGAAUCUAAUUUCAUUAGUGUAGAUAUAUAUAUAAGGUGUUGUGAUUGAAAUUUAUUCUAAUUUGUGAGUAAACAUUCGUAAAUGUUCCAAUCGAAUCCGUCUAUUCAACAUAUAAUCGUCCUGGUAAUAACAAUAAUUUAUUAAUUGUAGCAAUAAAUAUUCGGUGCAUUUGAGCAGUAUAAUCAUUAAUUAAGGAAUAUCAAUCAUGUUAUUCAUUAGAAAAGUACCGAAAAUAUAUUCGACAACAAUUUUAAUGAAUCCCGAGAUUAUUUCACUUCAAAGUGAAGUGCACGUAAAAGUUUUUCCUCUCAGUUAUUUUCGUUAUGGUUCUUUUCUAGGUAAAAUCAUGGAAAUUGCCCAAAUAAGUCAUUCUUUAAAUAAAAAAAAAUUUUGAUGAUAUUAGAAAGUUAUUUACAUCGUAUUUGAGGGGUUUAUACAAACCUUCGAGAACUUAUGAUUUUGAAAAAAUCAUUUUAAAUAUAUUUAGACAUAUUCCCAACGUGAGUUAUUCGCAAAACAAGCUUCAUAAGUUGGUUAGUCAUCUAUAAUAGUAUAUAAAGAUAUGUGAAAAUAAUAUUACACUUGUCAUUUAUUCAUAAUAAAUUGUGAAAUUACAAGAGACAAUGGAAAUCUCAAACUUAUAUCGAAAUUAAUUGAACACUGAUCGAAAAUAUAUAUUUAUACAACGGUCCUACAGCUUCCUUUUCCGCACCCCCUUUUUUUCGUUUUCUUUGAUAGCUCUGUCUUUCAUGGUGUAUUCAAUUCCUUUCUACCAGGUCCUUGAGGAUCUUCUUCGUCUUCUUCUAUUCUGUAGUUGAUCCAUCAAUGGUUUUUUUAUCCACCUGUUCUGCUUUAUCCUCAUCACAUGUUCGUACCAGAGCAGUUGCUUAAUUUGUAUUUUCUCUGAAGUCGUGGAUAAUCGACCUAGUCUUCUAUAUUUUCGUUUUGUAUUUGCUCUGUACUGGAUAUUCUCUACGAUCUUUUCAGGGAGUCCAAUUCCACGCCUUUAUUAUUUUCUCCUGUAUUCCUGUGUAUUCAAUGCGUUCCUUCCAUGUCUUUGAUGAUCUUCUUCGUCUUCUUCUAUUCUGCAGUUGAUCCAUCGAUGGUUUUUUCAUCCACCUGUUCUGCUUUAUCCUCAUCACAUGUUCCCACCAGCUUAGUCUGUAGUCUCUCUGAAGUUAUAUAUAAUUGAUCUUUCGAGUAUGCUUUUUGCUGGAUAUCCUCCACGAUCUUUUCAAGUAGUCCAUUCCCAUAGCUUAUAUUGUUUUCUCCCGUCGUCAGUUGCCAGCACUCGCAGCCAAACGUUAAAAUGACUUUUCAAUAUUGACAUUUUUGUGUUUAGUUUAAUUUUUUCUGACCAAGCAAUGAGUUCAGAAAUUGUGUAGCUUUUUUCCCUUGAUCGAAAGUAAUCAACGAAACUCUAGUUCCUUUCAGACUACCUAUCACACAAAUUUUUGAAACUACAGUACGUUAAAACAUUUUAAAAAAUUGUGAUGGAGAGUGGUCAAUAACUAUACGAGGUGAGGCUAUUAAAUAACGAGACCGAUUAUGUAGAACUUCUUAUUUUGAUAUUAUGUUUAUUUAUUGUUUUUAUCAUGGAAGAGUGACCCGAACGUAAAUCAUCUUCUCGGCCAUCUUGAAAACAUUUAAGCCACUCAAAAACCAAAAAAACGCGGAUGCGACAAACAUUCAUUGCCAAACACUUGUUUCAAUAAAUUUUCAAAUACAGUUUUCCCAAGUUGCUGAAUAUUGACGUCGAUCGAAACAAAAAAAAAACAGUCCUUAUACAAACGAACGCCACGGCUACACUGAUUUGUCUACAGACCCGGUAGGCAUCGCAUUCGAAAGAGGAGGUUUCAGGCUAGACAGCUGACAGUCGCUAGUAUUUGGGGUACCACGCCUCGUUUUAUAAACUUAAGUCAUUAUGCUGUGGACUAACAAGAAAAGGUAUUGCAAGUUAUCAUAACUUUAAUUAUAGGGGAAAAAAGAUUUAUAUCCGCAUUUGAAAAAACAAUGUUUUAUAAAAAAAUCGAUAUGUUAAUAGACCAAACCAGUUUGAAAUUUCUACACCUCACACUUAGUAAAGCUGGAAUCCUUACAGGGUAAGCUAGGUCUCCAGAUAUUAUUUCCAUUGACUUUUGCGUUUAGGCACAUAUAUGUGAAAGAGAUCCGAAAUCGAAACUAUUCAAAAUUUAGACCAAAUUUGAACACUGGUUUCAAAUUUUUAACAUUUCUAUGCUUCAUUGACCUUACAAAAGCGUUUGAUUAGACUAGAACAUAUACUCAAACUUGCAGGUGUGAAAUCUAGUACGAAAUUGAAUGAAUAAUUUGUGUAAUUCCAAUUUCGAACAUCAUGAUAUAAUUUCAUCAAACAAAAAGUCAAAUGUGGGUAGUUACCAAGCUAGUUUCUUAAAAAAAUUACAUCGAAAAUAUCAUAAUUCAUAAAAUUCCGUACUAAGGUAAUUAUUAAUAAUAUCUAAAAAGAUUUUUAUCUGUUAUUGUAAGGGUUGAAUCAACCCACCAAACACCAUGUACAUAAUAUAUUAAAGUACUAAAUAAUAUUACGGGGGAAGUUUGAAAAUUAUGAAUCGUUUCCCGUAAGAAAGUGAAUAGAUAAAAAAUUAGUUUUUAAUUACAUUGAAAUAAAUGUUUUUCAGUGUUGGUAAUAAAGAACUCCCAUUCGUUUUUAAUCAUAAUUCUAGCUUAAAAGCUGUUCUUUCCCUUUCAUUGCAUUGUUUAAACACUUUAUAACCCCUAUUUAUAUCUAUAUUAAUGAAUAUUGUCAUAAAUAAUUAAUUUUAUACCGAAAUAUCCAGAACUCACGAAAAUUUUAAUACAAAAUCUAUGUGACAUUCAUUAAGUAAUAUUCAAUCCAUUUUCUCUAGUUAAUUUAGUUGAAUUGAUUUGUGAGUUCUUUUUUAUAGAAAAGGAAUGUCUCCAAAAUAUUCUUUGAACAUUAGAAAAAGUUUCCAGGAGGAAAUAUAUGCAUUGGAUGUUCCUUUUGAAGCGAUACAUCCCAUAUUCAUCCCUUAGCUUAUCUGCACUUAGACUCUCUUUAUAUCAAUGAAUAUGACACUUCCAACACUGAUUAACAACCCCCACGUCUAUAGUAUAUAGUCAAACCUUGAAAUUUGAUAUAAAUAAAUCAUUCAGUAAAUCCGUGACUUUCUAAAUGGGUUUUUCAUAUUUUUUAACGUAGUUCCAUUUGGACUAAAUAUUCUUUCUUCACAACAGGUUUUUGCUAGAAAAAGAGUUAAAACUCUCACCGCCGAUGCACUUCUUCAGGUCUUGGUACAAUGAAUAGUCAAUUGUUUUUAAAAAAUCAUUAGUAACUCCAAAUUUUGCUCUUGUUGUCUAUUAUUCUCGGCUGUUUUGUCUCUUUUAUGUUGUGGUGGAUCUGCAUUUCGUUUAUAAGUAGAUCCUGCAUAAAUCUUUCGAGAAGCUUUCUGAUAUUUGAUAAUUAAGAAAUUAAACUGCUCAGAAAUGUAAGAUGGCUACACAAUCUGUCCAUUUCCAAUAUUAUAUUAUGACGUUUAUUAGAUUUUUUCGAGUGUAGAUAAAUGAAUUAGGCGUUUGGAACGUUCACCAUCAUUGGUUGAUGGUGAAAAACUCCCAUAGGAUCUAUCAACAGUGAUGUAUAAUAUAUAUAUAUAUAUAUAUAUAUAUAUAUAUAUAUAUAUAUAUAUAUACAUAUAUAUAUAGUUAAUCAGUGCAUGAAAUUUCCUUUGUCUUCUCAAUUUACCAUGAAAUUGGUUAUUGAAUACAAGCUAAAUGACGCAGCCUAUUCAAAUUGCGACAGAAGCAGGGUCGCGGACUCACCCACCCCUUAAUUUGACCAAAAAGUGAGUUUUCUUGAGAAAGAAAUUAAUUUAUUUUGUUUUAUUGUGACACAUUUCAUUUUAUUAACUAUAUUCUGGUUGUGUCACAUUUGUCUAGGACCUUUAUCAGGAAUUGGAUUGGAGUUGUGGUUAUGUAGUUGGAAUCAUCUUAUCUCAUUAUUUUCAUAAACGGAAUCGAAAUAUUAAAUUGAUACUAGUAUAGAAAAAUUAACUGUCAUUUACCUGUGAAAGUGAUAUAUUAAUUAACGUUAAUUAAUUUUGUUAAUUUGUAUAAAUUUGAAGACGUUAUGAUUUAUUAUUUAAAUGACAGUUAUUGUAAGCACGUCAUAAACCAAAAUCAUAAUUAUAGAUAUAAGUGAUGUAUGUUAUAAAUGUAUAAUUCAAUGAAUAAAGUUAUGUUUAAUAAU